AUGGUGCUGAUAACAGACGACAGGGAUGGAGGAGGGUCCUCUCCUGUCAAACUCAAACAGGUUCAACAAAGUAAAAGUAGAAACGAUGCGCAGGUUCAUCCAGCGGAAGCCACGGAGAAUUCAUAUCUCUCGGAAGAAGACGAAUAUCUGGGGUCUUGUGAAGAAGACGACGAAGAUGACGAUUUUGAGGAAUACGACGAAUUCUCUGAGUUGCCCGAUACCAGAAGUAUCGCAUCGGAUGACUCCUUUUAUCCACUGGAUGACAGUUUCGCGGACACCGAGAGGACACCAUCUCCUGAAAGUCCAGAACCACUCUCCUUCUUCCAGGCAUGUUGCAGCAAUAAUGCUGUCAUUGUUAGGAUCAUGAUAAGACAAGGAGUAACAGAAGACGAAGUAAGAGAGACGGAUAAGAACAACAGGACAGGAUUGAUGGUUGCCUGCUACCAGGGAUAUGUGGAUAUAGUCAUUGCCCUUGCUCAUUGUCCUUACAUUGAUGUGAACUGGCAGGACAAUGAAGGCAACACGGCCCUCAUCACAGCUUCUCAAGCAGGACACAUAACAAUCUGCAACUAUCUGCUGAACUACUACCCUGGCCUCGACAUCGAGAGGAAGAACUGUCAUGGCUUCACGGCUGUCAUGAAAGCGGCUAUGCAGGGCAGAGCGGAAUGUGUCCGAGCUCUGAUGCUGGCAGGCGCAAACCUGGACGCCCAGGACAAUGGGCGGAAGCUCACUCCAAGGCAGUGGGCUCUCUUCACAGGCCGCUACGAGACCGCUAACCUCAUGCUGCGCCUGAUGACCCAGCCCUGUCCCGAGCAGUUCAGCGACUCCUACAAGCCUGAGUGGCCCAUGCUGCCGCAGUUGGUGGCCAAGGCGCAGCGGCCCAAGGGCUGCCUGCAGAAGAUGUCUGAGGCGAUGCGCAAUGCCUUCUCCUUCAGCAUGAACUCAGAGCCAACGGACGGCGGAGUGAUGGAUCACAUGGUGCGCGUUACAACCAGCCUUGGAAGCCCCUUCAUCGCCACAGCCUGCCGGACGGUGUGCCCGAGCAGCCCGCCCUGCGUCGGCAAGAGGCGCUAUUCCGUGCAGGAGAUCCUGAGGAAGCAGCGAAUAGACCAGCUCAAGAGCCUGGGCCCGGAGCGGCUCAACAACUACAAGAAACUCUUCCAGAACUCGCGGGUUACGCUGGUCCCCAAGAAGAAAGACAGACGGGCGAGCCUGCAGCCGCAGAGCCCCGGUGACACAGUGGCCGAGCUGAGGCGGGGCAGCCUGGUGCCUCUCAACAUGGUGAGGAGGAGCAGCGUGCGGCCGGGCAUCGUGGUGCCCAAGGUCAGGGUGACCAAAGCCCCCACGCCCACGUACGAGCCGGAGAAGGUCCGGAGGAGCAGCAGUAAGGACGAGAAGUUCCUCCAGAUCCCCAAGUGGAGGUACAAGGAGCUAAAGGAGGAGAGGAAGAAGGCAGAGGAGGAGGAAAGGAAGAGACUGGAGGCAAUCACACGGAGACACCUGUCUACAGGGAAAAAGAAGUGACCCUCCCUGCGACCUUAA